AUGCGCUUCCCCGGAAGCCGAAGGAGCAACGGGCUUCCCAAGAAGCGAAGGAGCAAUGCGCUUCCCAGGAAGCCAAGGGAGCAACGCGCUUCCCAGGAAGCCGAAGGCGCGAGGCGCUUUCCAGGAAGUCGAGGAGCGAUGCGCUUCCCAGGAAGCCUAAGGAGCAAAGCGCUUCCCAGAAAGCCUAAGGAGCAAAGUGCUUCCCAGGAAGCGAAGGAGCAAGACGCAAGCGGAGGAGCGAUACGCUUCUCAGGAAGCCGAGGGAGCGAUGCGCUUCUCAGGAAGCAAAGGAGCGAUGGGCUUCCCAAGAAGCCGAAGGCGCGUGGCGCUUCCCAGGAAGCCGAAGGAGAAGCACACCCCAGGAAGCUGAAGAAGGACUAA